GGUGGCAUGGAGGGUCAUGUUUCUCGUGAUUGCACGAUGGAAGUCAAAGCCAAGUCUUGCUACAAAUGUGGUCAAGAGGGUCACAUUGUAUGUUUGUUCGGGGAUCGCGGCGGUGCUUCAGGCGGUGGUGGCGGCGGCUAUGGUGGAGGAUUCUCUUCCCAGGAGUGCUACCGCUGCGGCAAGGCCGGUCAUAUUGCCCGCGCAUGUCCUGAGGCCGCGGGGGGCAACACUAGCUACGGAGGUGGUGGCAACUAUGGUUCCUUU